GCACCAGAGCAAUGGAGCAGUUAUUUCCCGCUGUGGACAGCCCGAGGUCAGUUGGUGGGGCUGGAGGAAUGCAGAUGAUGAACACCUUGUCCAGUCUGUAGCCAAAGCCUGUGCCUCAGAUUCGAGGUCCAACAGCAACAAAUUAAUGAAUGGAAAUUGUUCCCGAGAUUUCUCCAAUGGAGGGGACCUCUCUGAUGUGGAAUUUGAUUCCUCAAUCUCAAAUGCUUCAGGAGCAGAGAGUUUGGCAAUACAGCCUCAGAAGCUUUUGAUCUUAGACGCACGAUCCUAUGCAGCAGCUGUGGCCAACAGAGCCAAAGGUGGAGGCUGUGAGUGCCCAGAAUAUUAUCCAAACUGUGAAGUAGUGUUCAUGGGGAUGGCAAACAUUCAUUCUAUCCGGAAGAGCUUUCAGUCGCUGCGUUUGCUCUGCACACAAAUGCCAGAUCCAGGAAAUUGGUUAUCAGCUCUGGAAAGUACCAAAUGGCUGCAGCACUUAUCUGUGCUUCUGAAAUCUGCACUACUCGUAGUUCAUGCCGUGGACCGAGACCAGCGACCAGUCUUGGUGCACUGCUCAGACGGCUGGGACCGAACCCCCCAGAUAGUGGCGCUGGCCAAACUGCUGCUUGAUCCGUAUUACAGGACCACAGAGGGUUUCCAGGUUCUAGUGGAGACGGAGUGGCUGGAUUUUGGCCACAAGUUUGCAGAUCGCUGUGGCCAUGGUGAGAAUUCGGAUGACCUAAAUGAGCGCUGCCCAGUGUUUUUACAGUGGCUGGACUGCGUCCAUCAGCUCCAGAGGCAGUUCCCUUGCUCUUUCGAGUUUAACGAAGCAUUCCUUGUCAAAUUGGUGCAGCACACCUACUCUUGCCUCUUUGGUACAUUCCUGUGCAACAAUGCGAAAGAGAGAGGAGAAAAACACACUCAGGAACGGACCUGUUCUGUCUGGUCUUUGCUGCGGGCAGCAAACAAAGCCUUCAGAAACCUGCUCUACUCCUCCCAGUCAGAAUCUGUGCUGUAUCCAGUGUGCCAUGUGCGUAAUUUAAUGCUCUGGAGUGCUGUUUACCUGCCGUGCUCUUCCCCCUCUACACCCGCAGAUGACACCUGUGCCCCGUACCCUGUUCCAGGCUCUAGCCCUGAAGAUCAGCCUCUGGGCAGGUUACCAAAGACGAGAUCAUUUGACAAUCUGACGACAGCCUGUGACAGCAGUGUGCCUACAACCAAUCGACGCAGUAGCGACCCCAGCCUCAAUGAAAAGUGGCAAGAGCACCGUCGGUCUCUGGAGCUGAGCAGCCUCGGUAACCCUGGGGAUGAUCCGUUUGAUGGAGAUAGCCUGAGUAAACAAGGCAGGGCUCCGGUUGGAGCAGAACUCUCUGUUGCAGCUGGUGUGGCAGAGGGACAGAUGGAGAACAUUUUGCAAGAGGCCACUAAAGAUGAUGUUGGUCUGGAGGAGCACUUAAGGGGUAGCCUAGAGACAGUAGGUAAAGGGGAUGAGAUUGCCCUGGACAAGGAGAAGAGAACUGAAAAUCUACAUGGGUAUGUCAGUGACCUCUGUGAAAGGGCUGAGGCGGAUAAAGGUAUUGUAUUGAGCAAUCCAGCAUGCAAUCCACAUGCAGUUUCACAAGGUGCUUCUGAGCUUAAAGGACAACAGGAUGAGCAUACUGAUCUCAGUAACGCUAUCCAGAAGUUACCUCAGGUGAAAGGACUACAGACUGUUCCUUUAGAGGGCUUUGUAAAUAGAGACACUCAAAAGAAUAUGGAGGAAGAAGGUGUUAGCAAACUUGAGGGAGAAGCAGAGAGCCUGUACAGUACAGCGCAGGCCAGCCUUCCGUUACCUCUUACAGUCCCGCAUGAGGCAAGAACAUCCAACAUUGAAAGUUCUACGGAAACCUUAACAGAGAAUGAAGCAAAGCAGGAGCUCAUUCCUAAGGGUCCUUGCCAUAGACCUCACCUGAUUGACAACAGUGCUGAUGAACUUUCUCGAAUUACUGAAAAUAGGCCAGAGGGGGAGAGCAUGUUAGAACUUCAGAAACUGGGAACAAAAGUACAUAGGACUUCUGGUAGCAGCAACACACACAUCCCGAUGCCUUCCCCUUGUGCCUUGCCUUUAGCUGAAUGUAAAGAUGAGAUUGUGUGUAAUGGAGAGCUGGAGCCUGAGAACAAGAUGACAGAGAAGCCGGCGGGGUUUAGUAUCACCCAGAAAUACCAUGUGACAAACGGACACUGUGUGAAUGGAGAGGACGGUCGGAUCAAAGCCUCUCUGAGUCGGCAGGUCUCCACAGCUAGCUGUAGUUCUGCACAGUUUCACUUGAGGAACUUGCACCAAAAAUGGAUGUUUAGUCAUCUUGGUAAGCAGCAGGCAGCCAGCAGCCCAGACCAACCUGCCAGAAGUCACCUGGACGAUGAUGGGAUGCCUGUCUACACUGAUGUUAUCCAGCAGCGCCUGCGCCAGAUAGAAACUGGCCAUCAGCAAGAAGUGGAGACCUUGAAGAAGCAAGUGCAAGAGUUGAAGAGCCGGUUGGAGAGCCAGUUCCUGAAUAGCUCCUUACGUCUCAAUGGUGAUUAUGGAGACGAAGUGACUUCUAUACCCGACUCGGAAAGCAAUCUGGAUCAGAACUGCUUGUCUCGCUGCAGCACAGAGAUUUUCUCUGAAGCCAGCUGGGAACAGGUGGAUAAACAGGACACAGAGGUGACACGAUGGCUUCCAGACCACCUCGCUGCACACUGCUAUGGCUGUGACAGUACGUUCUGGCUUGCCAGUAGGAAGCACCACUGCAGGGACAUUGAACGUGUUGAUCAAAUCUGGAAUUGUGGAAAUGUGUUCUGCUCCAGUUGCUGUAACCAGAAGGUGCCCGUUCCCAGUCAGCAGCUCUUUGAACCGAGCAGAGUCUGCAAAUCGUGCUACAGCAGCUUGCACCCCAGCAGUUCCAGCCUUGAUCUCGAACUGGAUAAACCCAUCACUGCCACGUCAAAUUAA